AUGGACCAGGACAAGGGAAGCAAAAACCAUGAAGUGGUGCAGGCUCAGGUGGUAGAGAAGGAUGAACCCCAGAAAACUGAGGAAUCCAGGAAAAUAGGAACGUACCUGGUAACACUUCCAAUUGCUGUGAAGAAGUUUACAGAGAAACAGGGUACGACAAUCACAGAUCCAAAAUACAGUGGUCCCACGGAGAGGCCACUUGGUUUGGGCCCUCUUGUUUUCCCUUGUUUACAGCGUUUCAACAACAUUGAUUCCUUCCUGAUUCUGUGCUGUUUUGCAAACUUGUCUCAUGGCAUGAUACUUGCUCUUGGUGAUCAGAAUAUAAAAACAUAUGUGUCUCAACUUUCUCUGUCACGAACAGAGGAAUUAAUAUUGGAUUCUAUUGAUUAUUUUGCUGCUUUCUUGGUAUCGAUAUUUGUAGCACACUUUGGAGGAAGAGGGAAUAGGCCAAGGUGGGUGGCAACUGCCACCUUUGUAACUUGGCUUUCCACAAUUGCUUUUGCUGUACCUUACUUUAAUUAUGAACUUAUCAAACUGAGCGAAGUAAAAGAAGAGGAUUUGUGCUAUGAAGGAAAAAAACCUAGUGUUUGUGAGAAAACUGUAAUACCGCACAAACCAGUAUGUGUCAGUUUCUUCAUCUUCGGGCAGGUGCUCCAUGGAAUAGCAGGGAUUCCACUCUAUCUGCUUUCCAUGACUUUUAUUUCUGACCAUGUUUCUACAGUCUCAUGUGGAUUAUAUUUAGCUAUUGCAGAUGCUUCAAUAGUUGUGGGAUACCUUCUGGGUUUUCUACUAGCAGUAAAAAGUUCUAAAGCUCCAGUGAAAGAAGCUAUGAAAGCAGUUGGACAAGUUCAGAGAUUCCGAAUAUUGCAGAGCGGUUGGUGGAAAUCUUAUAUUUUUGCUGGUUUAAUCUCAUUUUGUACAACUUUACCGCUGUUGUGUUUUUCAUCUCAUUUACCUGGUGCACACAAGAUAAGACUUCAAAAAAGUCAGGAACCUUCCACAGUUGACAGGAGACUUAUUAAUAAGGAAAUUAAGAAUAAUUUGAAAAGUGUUCUUCAUGCUAUUUGGUGUCUACUGAGGAACCCGAUGGUGCUGACCCAGACAUUCAGCAAAGUCAUAGAGUCUUUGACUGUGAAGGCAUAUUUAGAAUUUGUGCCCCAUUAUUUACAAACUCAAUUUUUAAUAACGCCCAUGCUCUCCACUUUGCUUGCAGGAAGUUUUUUAAUUCCAGGAUUUCUUUUUGGUCGUUUUUUUGGAGGCUAUAUUGCUUACAAAUUGCAAAUGGAUACAAAGAAUAAAUUGAAAUUUAUAGCAUCAACAUCUGCUAUAUCAAUUUUGCUUUUCCUAUUACUGUUAUCUGUGGAGUGUGAAACAGCAAAAUUUCCUGGAAUCAAUGAUGAUUAUGAUGGCCUUGGUAGCAUUGGAAGUCUCAAAGCUCCAUGCAAUGACUACUGUGGUUGCGCAUCUACUGUCUAUAAUUCCAUAUGUGGACGAGAUGAGAAACAAUAUUUCUCCCCCUGCUUUGCAGGGUGCAGUGCUUCUAAACAGAUGAGGAGAGAAAAGGCAUACUACAAUUGUUCUUGCAUUAAAGAAGGAUUGACAACUGUGGAUAAAGAAGGUCAAUAUAUUGAUGCAUUUUCUGGAACAUGUAAUACCAAAUGUCUUACUUUACCUUUAUUUUUUGCCUUUUACUUUUAUGCAUCUAUUUUUUCUAAUCUGUGUAGUAUACCUGCCUUCCUGGUUGUAAUCGAAAGUGUACCUACUAGUUGGAGCUCAAUGAGCCUGGGUAUAACAUUUUCAAUUUGGAGAUUCAUUGCGGCUGUCCCUGGGCCUAUAUUUUUUACAAAAAUAGCAGAAUUAUGUUGUAGUUUCUGGGACAUUAAUGCAUGUGGAAUAAAAGUACGUUGUUGGAUCUAUAAUAAGGAAAAAUUGUUCUACGCAUUUGUGGGAACAUGGUUUGGUUUGCAAGCAUCCACAAGCUUGCUUUGUCUUUAUGCCAUGAGCAGAUAUGAUUACGUGGUAAAAGGAAAAACUAAGAGUCUGGAUACACCUGUGAAUGAUGAAAAAUCAGAAGACAAAGAAGAAGAAGAAAAAGAAGAAGAAGUCGUAGUGAAAAAGAUUGCUUUCUAA